GUCAGACCCUCUUAAUCGAGCGGGAUUGUGUUGAUGUCGGCCGCUGCUGUCCCUUCAGUUUGCUAACGCACCGGGACCAAACUUCAAGCCCCAAGAUGUUUUUGUCUGCUGCUGUUCGCUCUGCAGUGUCGCAGACGGCCAGGCAGGUCAGGAGUCUGCAUCGGUCUGCUGCACGUGCUGGAGCUGGUGGCAUCUUUGUGCACAGAGAUACACCUGACAACAACCCCGACACCCCUUUUGAGUUCACCGAGGAGAACAAAAAGAGGAUUGAAGCCAUCAUUUCAAUGUACCCUGAUGGACACAAGCAAGCAGCCACCAUCCCAGUGUUGGAUUUAGCCCAGAGACAACAUGGAUGGCUCCCCAUCUCCGCCAUGAACAAGGUCGCUGAGGUGCUGGAAGUCGCUCCAAUGAGAGUGUAUGAAGUAGCGACGUUCUACACCAUGUUCCUGCGUAAGCCCGUGGGAAAAUACUUCAUUCAGAUCUGCACAACAACUCCCUGCAUGCUCUGCAACUCAGACAGCAUCCUGGAGGCCAUCCAAAACAAACUGGGUAUCAAGGUUGGAGAGACGACUCCAGACAAGAUGUUCUCACUAAUAGAAGUGGAAUGCCUGGGAGCGUGCGUGAAUGCUCCAAUGGUCCAGAUCAAUGACAACUAUUAUGAGGACCUCACCCCUAAGGAUAUUGAGGAUAUUAUUGAUGAACUUAAAGCAGGCAGAGUCCCACCACCAGGGCCCAGGAACGGUCGUUUCUCCUGUGAGCCUGCCGGUGGAUUGACUUCUCUGACGGAGCCUCCUCCAGGACCAGGCUUUGGUGUAAGAGCGGACCUGUAGACAUUUAUGGCCACAAUCCGCUGUUUUACAAAAGCAACUUGUCCCUGAACCUGCUAUUAUGUUUUACUCAGAACAUAUUGUGUAAAUAAACUGUUCAUGUACCUGUG